AUGAUCACGCAGUGUCGAAACCUCAAAACUCUAAAACUCUACGAGGGAGGCAACGUGACGAUCGCGAUGUUCCCCGAGAUGCUCAGCCAGCUUACCACAAUCGUCCACAGUACUGAUCGAAAGUAUUCUUUGAGGGGUGGAUAUGAUUAUGGACGGUUCUUCCAAUGCACUGCCACCCAGGCUCUCGAAACCCUCGUUCUGGACUCCUUGGAGUGCCACGACGAUACUUUCGUCCCCAACCGGUGUUUUACUUCGCUGAAAAAACUGUCGAUCAGCCACAGCACAGUGUCAGUGGCCUCUCUCGUCGCCGCAUUUCCUCUCCUCGAAAAUGUGACUCUAGAAGAAGUUACGUGUUACCCCGCGUUUUCGGGGGGUUGGCUCUCUUUGCAACGUCUUGACAUCGAUGUAAUGUGCCUGCAAAAGUUCGCUAUCACAUCUCGUGUGACCCAUCUGGUUAUCAUGCGGAGUGCGGUCGCUGAACACUCUCAAGGGUACAAAAAAACGAAGCCCAUAUCACAAGUUAUACAGAACACGCAGCCCGUCAAGCUCACCUUCUCUGCAACGUUCUCUAUGAGAGAACCAGACCGGCACUUCUGGAACACACUGCUGGACAGCAUGUCAAGCGUCCGAACUUUAGAGUUAUGCUUCGAGGCUGUUCUGGCCAACGACUAUCAGGGUAUGGAGCAUUGGAUGAAUUUCAUCCUGCCUCGCCUACUCAAAUGGUCCCAGGUAGAUACGCUUGAAAUCAAAGUAGAAACUUGGGCCCGUAUUUUGGAGCCCUCUACACCUACCAUCAACGCGCCCCCGCAUGUCGACGGCAACGUUUUCACAGGAUUCCGCAACUACUGCCGCAGUCUGGAUGCGCAUCUUGCCACGAUCAUUUGCCCACUCCGUCACAGCCGCCUCCAGUGGAUCUCCGUGCAGGUGUCUGAAGAGGUGGCAGGUUGUGUGGUUCCCAGACGGCCGACGCAACCUGCGCUAUGCCUCACGAAAUGUAGAGGUGGUUAUCUAGAUCAAUGA